CUAGAGAAUGGGCACUGGGGGUUAAAAGCAAACCUCCAAAAUGCCAUUCUUGAAGAUCUCCCUGUGGAUCGGCCUCCUCCUCUUCCUCCCUCAUGGGUCUCAUCAGUUCUGCUUCGAAGGGAAACCCGAAGAAUGUCUGGAGGCUGAUUUUGCUCCUGGGACAGAUUUGGGUGGAGAAGGAUUUGACGUCACCAAAAUGGAGCUAAAAGAAUUGUUUGCAAUUGAUAUGAGUCAGUGGGAGCAUGAAGACAAAACCUGUACCUUAUGUUCAAACCCGUAUUUGGAAAAUAAAAAGCAGAAGCUGCCUCUGUCUGUGGUGGACUGGAGAGCAAAGCACUCAUGUAGCGCCAAAGUGAACAGACAGCUCCAUAAAACCAGUGUUUCUCUGCUCACUUCCAGCACCACGUCCAUUACAAACAACUGGAAAAACACCUUAGACAUUUCAAUGGCAGGCAAUCGUGCUCAGUUAAUGUUAGCAGGUUCACACUCCAAAAUAGCCAAAUAUUCCAUGGAGAAAACCAAAACUGACAAGUACGUCUUCUCCAGUCAGAGUAUGUCCUGCGAGUACUACAGCUGGUGUUGUCAGCAUGAUGUUAAAAUGGCCAGUUUUCUUCAUCUACAUAUCAUUGUAGCAUUUUGUUAUGUUAGGCUAAUCAACAGUUACAGCCAUGCCUCAGGUUUCAGAAUUUCCCCACUGAUGCACACCUUUGAGUGCACUGGCUUUAUGCAAUACAAGAGCCACUACAUCCUGGAGAGAGGCCUGUGGAAGAACUGUAGCACCCCCUGUCCCGCCGGAGUCAGAACAGACGCCCAAGACCCCUGUGUCUGCCAGUGUCACAACAACACAGGAGUAAAUCAGGAUUGUUGUCCCACUCAGAGAGGUCUGGCCUGGGUGAUCAUCACUGUGCAGAGGGCUACAGACCUCUUCGGGGACUGCACCUCAGCCACAGACGGAUAUGUAAAAGUCUAUGUCAACAAGAAAAAUAUUCAUCGUAGUAAAGUCAUUCUUAACAAUGACAAUCCGCAAUGGAGAGAUGUCAUUGACCUGGGGACUAUGGACUUAUCCAAACAACACGCAGUUAGGUUUGAAGUUUGGGAUGAGAACAGCAACUGGAGCAGUGAUCUUUUAGGAGAAUGCGAAAGAGCCCUCACUUCUGGAGUUAAGGACGAAGUGUGCAGUCUACAACAUGGCCAACUGUCUGUGAAAUGGCAGGUGCAGUGUGCUCCGAGCCUUACUGGAAAUCUCUGUACAGAUUACAAACCUACGCCCAUGAAUCCGAAUCUGAAGGGGUGGUUCAAAUCCCGUAAUGUCCAUCCUGUACCUGAGGCCAUGCUGAGGGAGUGGGGAGUGUUCAGGCAGGGGCAAGGGAAGGACCAAAGUUACAGUAAUGCUUGAUUUGUACUUGUAGGGCUGUGCAGUUAAUCACAUUUUA